AUGCCUCUCCCCGGAGUCCCCAGAGCCAUGACUGCAACUGUGCAGACGCUGCGGUUCAAGCUGCUGCCGCACGAGCCAGGCCAGGAGUGGGGGCACAGCUGCCAGCAGGAAAUUGAGCGUCGCUACCAGGUGGUGCCCUCAGUGGUGUGCGCUAUGUGCUGCCUUUUUGGCAUCAUCUACUGCUUCUUCGGCUACCGCUGCUUCAAGGCUGUCAUGUUCCUGACGGGGCUGAUGUUCGGCUCUAUCAUCAUCUUCAUGCUGUGCUACAAGGAGAGGGUGCUGGACACACAGCUGAGCGUGGAGGCCUCAGUGGGCAUUGGGUUGGGCAUUGGAGUCUUGUGUGGGCUGGUCACCAUGCUGGUGCGCAGCGUUGGCCUCUUCAUGGUGGGGCUGCUCCUGGGGCUGCUGCUGGCGGUGGCCACGCUGGUGGUGAUGGAGCAAUUCUACCACCCACCAACGGUGUGGAUCCCCAUCGCACUGCUCUUGGGUGUAGGGAUGCUCUUUGCUGUCCUCACCCUGCAGUGGCAGCGCUUCUUCACCACCCUCUCCACCGCCGUCUUUGGUAGCGCCAUCAUGACCGUCACUGUCGACUACUUCAUCGAGCUCUUCCUCCUGGUGCAGUACAUCUAUGAGCGCAUCAAGGUGGCCCCUGCUCGCCCUGUGUGCUGGUACAGCUGGGUCAUCCUGGGCAUCUGGCCACUCCUCACCACACUGGGUGUCCUAGUCCAGUGGAAGGUCACAGCCGAGGGCUACUCCCAUACAGAAGUGAUCAUCAGCCGGCAGCAGCGCCGUGUGCAACUGAUGCGCAUCAAGCAGCGGGAAGACCGAAAGGAGAAGAAAAAGAAGAGGAGACCCCACCAUCCACCACCCCACCAGCACAAAGCCCACCCCCCUGAGCCUGCUUACCGCCGCAAGCCCAACCCUGUGCGCCGCUUUGAUGGGGACGUGCUUUCCCCCAGCUACAUCCAGAGUUUCCGAGAGCGGCAGACAGGACCAUCACUGAACAGCCUCAUCGCCAGCUCCCAUGCCGUGGUGGACCUGGACUAUGACUGCAGCUCCACCGUGCCCCUCACCACAGGCUCUGGCCCUGCUGUGAGGGUAUAAGCCAACCCAGUGACCUCGAGCAACACCAGCACCCCAGCCUGUUCUGACAGAACCCCUGAGACAGGCAGGACUUUGUCCUCGGCCCCAAGCGGCCACAUCUGGCUUGGGGCUGCCAAUGGAAACCCUUCUUGGAGACACAUGGACUUGUCUGGGGAAGCCCCAGCUGCCUGUGAGGCCCAAAGGUGCUGGGGAAGCCCUUUGUCAGGGACUCAGCCCAAGGACCAGAACCCAUGGACGUGCAGUGCGAGUGGCUCUGCUGGGGUGGUGGGUUCCCGAGCCCCCACUGCUAUGCGUUACCCUAUGGCCCGGGCACGCUCAUCCUGCAUCUUAACAUUUGCCCAUAU